CCGCCGCCCGGUUCUGGAGAGGGGGCCGCAGGGUCUGGAGACCCCGGGCGGCGGACCGGAGCCCUCCCCCCGCCCCGCCUCCGGGGCACCAGCCUCGGCUCCAUUGUUCCCGCCCGGGCUGGAGGCGCCGCGCACCGAGCGCCACUGGGACUCGAGCGCCUGCCGCCGGGCUCUCGCGGCCCAGCCAGGACCCGAGCGGAGCCCGGGGGCGGCGGGCCGGAGCCGGGGACGCGGGCGCCCGCCCGCCCGCACGAGCCACGGCGGACUCUCCAGAGGCGGAACCGCAGCGCCGAGUGAGAGUCUGCUUGAAAAGGAGGAUCAGGCUCAAGGCGGAGUCUCCAUGGAGGUGUGGAGCCUUGUCACCCACCUCUAACUGCAGAACUGGGAUGUGGAGCUGGAAGUGCCUCCUCUUCUGGGCUGUGCUGGUCACAGCCACACUCUGCACCGCCAGGCCGGCCCCAACUUUGCCUGAACAAGCCCAGCCCUGGGGAGCCCCUGUGGAAGUGGAGUCCUUCCUGGUCCACCCUGGUGACCUGCUGCAGCUUCGCUGUCGGCUGCGGGACGAUGUCCAGAGCAUCAACUGGCUGCGGGACGGGGUACAGCUGGUGGAAAGCAACCGUACCCGCAUCACGGGGGAGGAGGUGGAGGUGCGGGAUUCCGUGCCCGCUGACUCCGGCCUCUACGCUUGCGUGACCAGCAGCCCCUCAGGCAGCGACACCACCUACUUCUCCGUCAAUGUCUCAGAUGCUCUCCCUUCCUCGGAGGACGACGAUGAUGAUGAUGACUCCUCUUCAGAGGAGAAGGAGACAGAUAACACCAAACCAAACCGUAUGCCCGUGGCUCCAUAUUGGACGUCCCCGGAAAAGAUGGAAAAGAAAUUGCAUGCAGUGCCAGCUGCUAAGACAGUGAAGUUCAAGUGCCCUUCCAGUGGGACUCCUAACCCUACACUGCGCUGGCUGAAAAAUGGCAAAGAAUUCAAACCUGACCACAGGAUCGGAGGCUACAAGGUCCGUUAUGCCACGUGGAGCAUCAUAAUGGACUCGGUGGUGCCCUCUGACAAGGGCAACUAUACCUGCAUCGUGGAGAACGAGUAUGGCAGCAUUAACCACACCUACCAGCUCGACGUCGUGGAGCGGUCUCCUCACCGGCCCAUCCUGCAGGCAGGGUUGCCUGCCAACAAGACAGUGGCCCUGGGCAGUAAUGUGGAGUUCAUGUGUAAGGUGUACAGUGACCCACAGCCCCACAUCCAGUGGCUAAAGCACAUCGAGGUGAAUGGGAGUAAGAUUGGCCCGGACAACCUUCCGUAUGUCCAGAUCUUGAAGCAUUCGGGGAUUAAUAGCUCGGAUGCGGAGGUGCUGACCCUGUUCAAUGUGACAGAGGCCCAGAGCGGGGAGUAUGUGUGUAAGGUUUCCAAUUAUAUUGGUGAAGCUAACCAGUCUGCGUGGCUCACUGUCACCAGACCUGUGGCGAAAGCCCUGGAAGAGAGACCCGCGGUGAUGACCUCGCCCCUGUACCUGGAGAUCAUCAUCUAUUGCACGGGGGCCUUCCUCAUCUCCUGCAUGGUGGGCUCUGUCAUCAUCUACAAGAUGAAGAGUGGCACCAAGAAGAGUGACUUCCACAGCCAGAUGGCCGUGCACAAGCUGGCCAAGAGCAUCCCUCUGCGCAGACAGGUAACAGUGUCAGCCGACUCCAGCGCGUCCAUGAACUCUGGGGUUCUGCUGGUUCGGCCCUCACGUCUCUCCUCCAGCGGAACCCCCAUGCUGGCUGGGGUCUCUGAAUAUGAGCUUCCUGAAGACCCUCGCUGGGAGCUGCCUCGAGACAGACUGGUUUUAGGCAAACCCCUGGGAGAGGGCUGCUUUGGGCAGGUGGUGUUGGCGGAGGCCAUUGGGCUGGACAAGGACAAACCCAACCGUGUGACCAAAGUGGCUGUGAAGAUGCUGAAAUCGGAUGCAACCGAGAAAGACCUGUCAGACCUGAUCUCAGAAAUGGAGAUGAUGAAGAUGAUCGGGAAGCACAAGAACAUCAUCAACCUGCUGGGGGCCUGCACGCAGGAUGGUCCUUUGUAUGUCAUCGUGGAGUAUGCCUCCAAGGGCAACCUACGGGAGUACCUGCAGGCCCGGAGGCCUCCUGGGCUGGAAUACUGUUACAACCCCAGCCACAACCCCGAAGAGCAGCUCUCCUCCAAGGACCUGGUAUCCUGUGCCUAUCAGGUGGCCCGAGGCAUGGAAUAUCUUGCCUCUAAGAAGUGCAUACACCGAGACCUGGCCGCGAGGAAUGUCCUGGUGACAGAGGACAAUGUGAUGAAGAUCGCAGAUUUUGGCCUAGCUCGGGACAUUCACCACAUCGACUACUAUAAAAAGACAACCAAUGGCCGACUGCCUGUGAAGUGGAUGGCACCCGAGGCAUUGUUUGACCGGAUCUACACCCACCAGAGUGAUGUAUGGUCUUUUGGGGUGCUCCUGUGGGAAAUCUUCACUCUGGGUGGCUCCCCAUAUCCUGGCGUGCCUGUGGAGGAGCUUUUCAAGCUGCUGAAGGAAGGUCAUCGAAUGGACAAGCCCAGUAACUGCACCAACGAGCUGUACAUGAUGAUGCGGGAUUGUUGGCAUGCAGUACCCUCUCAGAGACCUACCUUCAAGCAGCUGGUGGAAGACCUGGACCGCAUUGUGGCCUUGACCUCCAACCAGGAGUAUCUGGACCUGUCAAUGCCCCUGGACCAAUACUCUCCCAGCUUUCCUGACACCCGAAGCUCUACCUGUUCCUCAGGGGAGGAUUCCGUUUUCUCUCAUGAGCCGUUGCCUGAGGAGCCCUGUCUGCCCCGACACCCAGCCCAGCUUGCCAAUGGCGGACUCAAACGACGCUGACUAGCACCCCAGCACUCCCCUUCCCCAAACUCCAUCAUCAGCUGUAACCUUCACCCACCACUCUGUGCUGGACUCACUGCCUUCCCCUUUGCCCCUUUCCUGCUGGCAGGAGCCAGCUGCCCACGUGAGGCCUUCCCAUGCGGCCUGCCUUCACCCCACUAAGCUCACCUCUCUUCCUCUUCCUCCUGUCAGCCUGCUUGUGAGAGAGGGGAGCAGAGAGGCAGGACUUGCUGAUGGCCACUUUGUUCCCUCCCAGAUGUUGGACCAAGACCCCUCCCUGCCACUUGGCACUGCCUGGAGGCUUGGGGAGUGGGAGGUGAGCAGGCAUGCAAGUGAGAGCCGACAGAGCUUUUCUGUGUUGGUUUUGUCUGCUUCGCCAUAACCCAUAAGCCCCUGUGUUCUGGUGGCGGGUGCCUCGCCCUUAGGGCUACAGCAGUAGUGAGGGGAGGCCAGUGCUUUGGGCCUCCUUGAAGGCCACCUCUGCUCCAGAUCGAUGGUGCCAGUGGCUUAUUAAUUCCGAUACUAAUUUGCUUUGCUGACCAAAUACCUGGUACCAGAGGAUGGGGAGGCAACGGCUGGGAGCAGUGUCGCGGCCCUGGGGCCCAGCCCCGAACCGGGGGCUUUGUACAUAGCUAUGAAGAAAACACAAAGUGUAUAAAUCUGAGUAUAUAUUUACAUGUCUUUUUAAAAGGGUCGUUACCAGAGAUUUACCCGUUGGGUAAGAUGCUCCUGGUGGCUGGGAGGCAUCAGUUGCUAUAUAUUAAAAACAAAGAAAAAAGAAAAAAAAGGAAAAUGUUUUUAAAAAGGUCAUAUAUUUUUUGCUACUUUUGCUGUUUUAUUUUUUUAAAUUAUGUUCUAAACCUAUUUUCAGUUUAGGUCCCUCAAUAAAAAUUGCUGCUGCUUCAUUUUUA